AAAACUAAACUAUAGUGUAAAAUCCAAAACUAUUAUAACCCUGGUUAGCUGUAAGAAAUCAGGUGAAACCUAUUAAAGAAAUAAUCAGUAAAGAUCCAUUAUUCAUUACUGAGGUAUUCUAAGCAUGCACACCUCAGUGGACUGCGGGUUGCUGGCGGAGUAAACUUCCACGAAGCGAUCCGCCUGAUGGGAGGAGUUAAAAAAAGGCAGCAAGCCUGAAAAACACGUUCCGCAAACCUCCAAUCCAGACGGCUCUUUUCUCUGAGCGACAGGGUCGGGUUCCCCGAGCCUCCGCAGCAUUCACCCAAAGCUUUAGCUAAAACCUUUCGCCCGUUUUUAUUUGAGCGACGCGGAGCUGCUCAGCAGGCGGGAGAGUCAGAGCCCAAGCCCGGGAUGGAUGCUGCUCAGGGAGGCGCGCCGCUGAGUCCGGCGGAGAGGAGCAGCCACACCGCGUUCAUAGAGAACAACACGCUGUAUGUGUGGGGAGGUUACCAGGUAGUUGCUGGACUGGACAUCGUGUUGCCCAGUGAUGAGAUAUGGCUCUGUGAUUUAGACAGCGGGAUGUGGGAGCAGAUGGAGAUGACCGGAGACAUCCCACCACACCUGUCGAGCUUCUGCGGUGCUAAUAUUAACACUAAACUCUACAUCUUUGGAGGAUAUGAAGAAGCUGGGUACUCCAACCAGAUGUUCAGCGUUGACCUCACUGAGCCACGCUGCACGUGGAAGAGAGUGACCGACACGAAGGGAACGACCCCCUCACCUCGCAACAAACACUCCUGCUGGGUGCACAGAGACAGAUUAAUCUACUUUGGUGGAUAUGGAUGUAAGACCUUGAGGGAGUUACAAAACACAUCGUCGUCAAGCUUCGUUUUGGAAGAGAUGUCCUGGUCAAGAGCUGUGAAUGAAGUAACGCUGUGCAAGGGGUGGAACAGUGAGGUGAAUGUGUUUGACACACUUACUGCUACAUGGAGCAUGCCGGAGACUCAGGGUUGUGCUCCGUCCCCCAGAGGCUGCCAUGCCAGUGCCCUGCUGGGGAACAAAGGUUACAUCAGUGGCGGCGUGGAAGCCACAGAGUUGGACAUGUUCUGCUUAGACCUGGAGACCUGGACCUGGACCAAAUUUGACAUCACCCCACAUUUUGCACCUCUGGGCCGCUCUUGGCACACCACGACGGCCACAUCAGAUGGCACGCUCUUCAUGUACGGAGGCUUCAGCACAAACGGAGAAACAUUAAAUGAUGCCUGGCAGUUUAACCCACAAACCAGCGAGUGGACCAAGCUGACACACCCACACAAAGACAAGCCCAGAGUCUUUCACACAGCGUGCCUGGGGAGGGAUAGUGACGUUGUGGUGUUUGGGGGAAGCAGGAGCCUCUGCAUCAUCAUGGACUCGAUGGCUAUUCUCAGGCUUCCAUCACCUCAUCACUGCAAAGACAUACUCAUCUUUCAGACUCAGCCAUACUCCCUCUCCAGGUUGUGUGAGGAUCUCAUAGGACGAAACUCGGAGCUCUUCAGGAUGCAGCUCAGCUGUCUGCCAUCAAAGCUACAAAGAAAACUUGAGAAGAGAAUGACCUUUUUCUCUGCCGGGUCUUAAAACUGAGAGGAUUCUGCGCAGGUCUAUCACUGAACUGUUUUCAUUUUUAUGUUGGGAAUAUGUUUAUAAACAAUGGUGCUAAAGAUUUUUUGAAACUUGAUAACUUAAUUUGUAAAUGUAAUCUUUUUAUUUUAUUCAAUUCAGUGAUUUCAUGUUGUGCAAUCUGUUUAAUAUUUAAUGUUCCAACAUCUUGAUGUUCAUUGAAGGUAUUGAUGCAACAGUGUGGUGUUUCAUCAUUUUCAAAGGAAAAUGUCUUCAAACGACAAUUUUAAUGCACUAUGAAAUGUUUCACUUUUAACCAUCAGAUGUAUAAUAGUCUUAAUCAUAUCAAACCUUUGUGGAAUGAGAUUUAGCAUUUUGAUACUUGCACAAACUAAGCCUGCAGGAUGAGCUCCUCCUCUGACCUGCUUCAGACCUUCUUCUCCUGUGACCCCCGAUCCAAAGCCAGUACUUUAACUCUGUAACCAAAGACUCAUCUCAUUUCUUUGAUUCCUCAUCUUCUCCUUCCGGUAACCUGAAAAUCACUCUCACUGUGCCAUAUUUAGAGACGCUUCAAUCCCAAGCUAUACUCAAGGAUGCAUGGGGUAUCCUUUGCUGAAAAGUUUUUAUCUUCAAAUGCUGGAUCCUAUCCCAGCUGUCAUAGGAUGAAGAGCAGGGCGCACCCUGGACUGGUCACCAGUUUGUUGCAGGUCUAAUGCAGAUCAUGGACACUAGAUCAUGAAAAACAGCAGUUUGUCUUUUGUUGGGCUAUAACAAAAUCAUUUAUAAUGCAGCUGUCCCGUCAUAUUGGAGUGACAUUGCUUUAAAAUGAGGCUCAGCCUGCUGCUUCAACUCUUCUCUCCUCAUCUCUGAUGGGGACAAAGAGGAAUCUUUUAACCUUCAAAGAAAUAUUUAAAAA